AUGUCGGGCACUCAUAGCAAGGAGGACUUCUUUGUGUCUCUGGAGCAACUGGAUGACUCGGAUGACCAGGACGAGGAAUACAAUGAAUGGGAGCGUCUAUUGUAUUCGACCAAAUAUAAGGCACCUGACAAGGUCGCGCCUACUCCAGUUGCAGAACGAAUCUCGCUUUCUCGGGCACACUCGGACCCGCAACCUACUUCUAGGACUAAUCAGUAUAAAACGAGCACGUUGCCAGAUGACUCGAAGCCUGCUCCUCUGAUCCGGCAUAAGACGACUGGAGCUAUGCCUACCACCAAGAGUGGUGGUCCUCCCCAGAAGAAGAGAAGAACCAACAGCGCGAAGGUCAUACCGGAGUGCCAGAAGAUCUUCAAAGACCUAGUCUUUUUUUUCUUUCCCAACAACGAUGUCUCCCCAUUUCGACGGCUCCGGAUACAACGAGCCCAAGAAUACGGAGCCCAAUGGAGUCGAGCAUGGGAAAAGACCGUCACGCAUGCGGUCGUUGACAAUGACUUACUUUUGAACGAUCUUCUGGGUUAUAUCAAGCUCGAGUCCUUGCCAGCGAGCGUGGUUCUGGUGAACGAAUCCUACCCUUCGGAUUGUAUCCAGUUUCGGUCGCUGUUGAACCCUUCACAGCUCCGUUUCAGGGUCCACGGAGUCCCGAAACCCACCGGAGAAGAGAAGAAGGGAAAAGAAAAGGAGCAGCUACCCUUAGUGGUAGAGCCGUCCUCGCUCAAUGACCUGCCGUUGAGGCCCUCACGACGGGAGCAAGCCCUGUGUCCGGAGUCUUCUCAGCCUUCAGUCGAGGAAGAUUCACCAGCAGCGACAACUGAGCCUGCGGAAGAAUUCGCUAGCGAAGAGGGGCAUAGCAGAAUCAUCCGAGAGCGGGAUGCCUUGGAUGAUAUAAUUGACCAGGCCAAGGCAACAAGUCAUCUGCCCUUGGACCCGCUAGAGUCGCCGGACCAUACUGCCACAACAUCCGAUGAUGGAAUCCCCAGUGGCUCAGAACCAGGCUCGGAAAUACUGCCGCAGAAAGAGCUACAGCGAAAGGGCAAAGCUGAUUGGACAAAGAACUUCUCAUGCAUGCAGAAGUAUGAUCCAGACGAGAAGCUGGACAAUCCAAAUAGCCGAACUAUAGAAGUCCUGCAACAGAUGCUGGACUACUAUACCCAAACGGCAGAUCAUUGGCGGGCGCGGGCCCUCCCUGGCAUUGGGGAGCGAAUAGCCGACAAGAUCGAAGAGAUCGUCUUGACCAACCGUCUUCGUCGUUUGGAACAUACAAAUGAUACCCCAGAAGACCGACUCAUCCAAGAAUUCCUCGGCGUCUAUGGCGCCGGUCUCAUUCAGGCCUCCAAAUGGGUGGCGCAGGGCUAUAAAUCUUUAGCUGAUUUGCUAGAAAAAGCCCCUUUGAGCAAGCAGCAACGCAUCGGGGUAGAGCGUUACAAUGACUUUGCACAGCGCAUCCCUCGCAAGGAGGUGGAAGCCCAUGGCGCGAUUGUACGAAAGGCGGUGCAAAUCGAAGACAGGGAUAUGCAGGUGAUCAUCUCAGGCUCUUACCGCCGCGGGGCAGCAACCUGCGGGGACAUCGACUGCCUGAUAACCAAGCCUGGUGCCACGUUGGACCAAAUCCGCUCGAUCAUGCUUGGGCUUGUGGUUCCCAAGUUGUUCCGCAGCGGGUUUCUGCAGGCCAGCCUUACCCUCUCGUCGCAUCAGGACGGGUCCAAAUGGCAUGGUGCCUCGACUAUACCUGGCAGCAACUUGUGGCGUCGGAUCGAUCUGCUGUUUGUCCCUGAUGCCGAGAUAGGGGCGGCCUUGCUGUACUUCACUGGCAAUGACAUCUUCAACCGGAGCAUGAGAUUGUUGGCACGGAAGAAGGGCAUGUGCUUGAACCAGAAGGGGCUCUUUACUAACAUUCUUAGAACACAGCAGGUCAAGCUUAACGCGGGUCGAUUGGUUGAGGCUCGAAACGAGCGCCGGAUUUUUGCUGCUCUGGGUGUACCCUGGCGGCCUCCUGAGCACCGGAUCUGUUGA